CCUAGAUUAUUGUUGUAGCUGUUGUUGUUGCCUUUACUGUUCUUGUAGUUGUUGUUGCCCUUUAUUGUUGUUGUAGUACUGUUAGUCUGUUUCUAUUAUCACUUUGAUGACUCUACUUUUAAACUUGUCCCUUAUUUAUGGCGGGCCAACUUCGGGCCCCGCCCCCUCGUGGCACGAGCUGCCCACGCGUUUUCUCUUCGCUCUGAUUGGCUGCAUUCUGCCCAAACCCUGCUCUGUCCAAUCAGAGGGCUCGGUUCCCCUGCUGCUCUGUGUCCCCACACCGUGUGCACAUGCUGCCCAGUCAGAGGUAAGGGGACACCGGGACCCCCUCCUGAAAUCCCCCUAGCUCUAUAAAACGGAGGAGCAGCACCGUUUGUGUUUACCGAAGAGAAACAGAUAAACUACCGACCGAUUUAUUUAAUAAUAAAUUUUAUUUUUCCUUUUAUGUGAAUGUGUGCAUAUUUCAUUUUAAUUUCAUUCAUCGAUAUUUUACGAUCAGUACUGAACGGAAAAAAAAAGAUUUAUUUUCUCUUUUCUUAAAUUUGGAGCACCAGUCCGGUGAAUUUCUGCAACUUAGCAGCGUUUAAAAUCCGAAUCAGAACCAGGGUACCACCAUGGUCCUGAACCAGUCGAACAAGCUGAAGGUGUUCCGGGUGGUCUUCUCGGACCCGGCUCGCUCCUUUUACAGCAGCGGGGAGAAACUGUCCGGUUCCGUCCAGCUGGAAGCGGCUCACUCCUGCAGGGUCUCCCGUCUCACAGUCACCGCCGCCGGCUGCGCCCGCGUGGACCACCGCGGCGGAAAGAACCGCAAGAACCGCAGCCAGGAGGUGGAGUACCUGAAGUACGAGGAGGAGCUGAGGCUGGAGGAGGAGCUGAGGAGAGGUGAGACAGAGGAGGAGGUCAGGUAUCCAGAAAAAAACUGUCUGCAUUUAUUUAAAAAAACAAAACAAAAAAAACCUGCAGAUCUCAUUGAAAUGAGAUCUGGAGGGAUCUUAUGGUUUUAUCCAUGACUGUGAGGACAUCUGCGCAGGUUCUUCAGACUAAAACACUGAGAUCCUGUGAAGUUCUGAUGAAGUUCUGAUGUCCAGGUUACACAUUAGUGUUAUUAAUGAUGAUGGUGACUGUAUCCACCCUAGAACACUAAAAUUAAUAACACCAUCACUAUCACCAGGGGAUUUUUAACCGAAAUAAUAUACCCAAGAAAAAUUACUUGUCAUCAAAAUAUAUCAAAAUAGGACAAUACAUGACAAAUUAAAGUAGUUUUUUUUUUUUUAAAGAUAGUUAAUUUUUAACUGUGCAAUGUCCAAAGGGAGGAAAAGCAGUGACAUGAGGGAACCAUAUAAAAAUGCAACAAAAUAACUUAAAUUAGGCAUUCAUUUGGCGUGAGUAAGUAUUACAACAGAGUAUUAGGGCCAGAUUAAGAAAAAAGAAACUUACAAGAUUUAAUUUACAAUUAAUUUACAAGAAUAAAGUCAUUACUAACUAGAAUAAAGUUGUAAUAAAAUCAUUAAGAUACUUAUGAUAAUGUGGUGCUGAUGUGCCAAAAGAUGAAGUAUCUCCUUGUUUGAGAAACAGAUAUUGAAGUACAUUUUCAUGAAAUGCUCCAUGGCUCUAAUUUUAACAACUGUCAUCUUAAACAACAGGUUAAAAUAUAAUGAUUUUAUUACAACUUUACCCUCGUAAGUGAUUACUUUAAUCUCAAAGUCUUACAAAUUAAUCUUUCUUAAUGUGGCCCUAAUACUAAAAAAUGAUCAGCUGACUCAAGUAUUUCUUAUCACCAUAUGAACAUUUGAAAAUCACUACUUUGUAAUAGUUAUUCACAACCACUGCGCUAAAUAAAGAUAGGAUGUAAAUUCUAGGACCACUCUUACUGACAUUAUUCCCUACAUGCAGCUAUCAAAUCCACCCAAACUUUACUUUACCUUCUAUCACUAUUGCCGGGUGAAAAUCACAUGUCUGUAGGAAAAAGCAGGUUUUGGAUCAGGGAAACAAAUAUGCCUUCAAAGAUGUCAAAGGAAAUGCUGAAGCUACCCAGGGACUCAGACAAAUGCAACAUCAUGAAAAUCACCUAAAAACAUGUUUGAUUUGGGGAAAAUCACCUGGAGAUAGUCUUCUAGGGUUAAUGAUGCCUUGCUCAUGAGCUCUGUCUCUGUGUUCAGACUCAGAUAGCUGCUUCCUGUUGCAAGCUGGAAAAACCUACAACUUCUUAUUCGGCUUCGAGCUUCCGCCUGCGGGGUGAGACGUGUUCAGACAGGAGUGAUUAGAGGUUAUUGAUCGGAGGUGUGAUCAGAGUUAUUAAUCUUCUGUCUCCUUCCUUCCAGGCGUCUGGUCUCGUCCUAUAAAGGAAAGUUUGGAUAUGUUCGUUACUAUGUGCGUGCCUUGCUGGACAGACCUUCCCAGAAUGCUUUACAGUGUGAGCAUGAGUUUGAGGUGGAGGAGCCGCUGGACAUCAACAUACCAGACCUGCUGGUACACACACACACACACACACACACACCAGUACAACAUCACAGCUGCUGAUAAUGAUCAUGACUCUUUACACUCAGAAUUUAAAGGGAUAUUCUGGCAUAAAAGUAAGUUAGGGUCAAACACACCGUAACACCGAGUAAGUCCAUUACGGACUACGGCGGGGUGACGCAGCUCAAGUAAGAACAUUUAUGAUCAUUUCUUCAUGGAAAUGCAAUCAGACUGAAACGUUAAGGCAGAAGAACUACCGUGUCUGCAGUGCAAAAUCAUUAAUAUAAUGAUUAUUACUUCAAGGAAAUGAUAAAGAAAUGAUCAUAAAUGUUCUUCCUUAAGCUGCGUCACCCCGCUGUAGUCUGUAAUGGACUGGCCUGAGGUCUCAGUACAAACAAGCAGCUGCUGGAAGACAGUAGGUGAGUUGUGUUUAGUCUCUUUGGGUAGUUCAGUGGCUGGGACCCUAUAUGUACUAACCUCAGUAGAACGCAGUGUAGUUCUGUUCAGUAACAGAACCUCAUUGGAAAAUUAGCUGAUUUAACUUCACUGUGCUCUUGUUGAAAUAUAUUAACUCGACAGCUCAUAUAUUCAUACCUGUUAACAAAAUCAUGAUUUUAUUGAUAAUUCGGCUUAACAAAAACACCUUUACCUUUUCAUUUUACUACAGUAGAAGUUUCUUGGCCCAAUAGACUACAGAAGUGGAGAAAUUCCCCCCGCUUAAUUUUGUUUUUUUAGGAGUUAGAACAACUCUGAAUAUAGUUCUAUGGCUGGGACCCUAUAUGUACUGUUGAUGAAGUUAGGUGCUGUUCUGAGUAUUAUUUGUGGCUAUAGAGUGGCGUUUGGGUUGAGGUUUGUUUAUGGCUCCUCAGACCACUGUGUAUUGCUAUCCUGCGGUCGUUACUAAAAUUGGUAUAACUAGAGAAGCAAGCGGUCAGCAACAUUCAUCUCUGGAGGGGGUGUCUAACUCGGUGUUAUGGUGUGUUUGACCCUAAAUUAAUUUUACGCCAGAAUAUCCCUUUAAAGGGUCAGUCCGGUGUUUUAGACUCCUCUCCUUUUUCCCGUUUUCUGGGAUCUAAAGAUGUCUUUACAAAAAUCCGUCAGUUAUCUGUUCAAACUUUACUCGAGGUUUAACAGGUUUGGGUUUAACAUCAGAAUUCUGGCUUUUGUCUUAAAUUAGCGCUUUUUCCAAGAAUUUCGGACUUCAGAGUUCUGGUCCUUCUACUCAGAAAACUAAAAUUAGAAAAGCCCAAAGAGGGAAGUUGGAAUUAUGGAAUAAUAAAAGUCAGAGUUCCUCCUUUGUGAGCGAAAGAAACACCAGAAUUCUCCUUUAAACCAGACCUCUUUGGACCUCUGUGGACCUCUGAGUGUGGAGGAAGCAGGUUUAGAUCUGAUGGAUCUACCUGAAGGUUAGAGGACCAUGUUUACCUGAUCUGUUUUGUGUUUCCUGUCAGGCUCCGUCUGCGGCUUCAGCUCAGAAGAAGGUCACCUGUAUGUUCAUACCUGACGGACAGGUGUCCAUCAGCGCUCAGAUCGACAGGAAGGGCUUCUGUGAGGGUGAGGAAAUCAGCAUCAAUGCCAAGUUUGAGAACACCUGCUCACGUAUUGUCGUGCCCAAGGCCGCCAUCAUCGCCAAACACACCUACACCGUGGGCGGGCGCACUAAGGUAAAGACGCAAUGUCACAUCCUGUGUGUUAAACAGGAAGCUGUUUCUGUAAGUCUUACUGACCUCUGACCUCUCCAGGAACUGUGUCAGAAGCUGUGCGCGGUGCGAGGAAACCACAUCAUCUCAGGCAUGUGUGACAUGUGGCAGAGUAAGACCAUCCGGGUCCCCAAACUGAAGCCCACACUGCGGGGCUGUGACAUCAUCAGGGUGGACUACACCCUCAGGGUGAGUCUCACUGAUGACAUCAUAACAGACAAACUCGCCGCCACGCCCCACUAACGCGCCUCACCCCCCCACAGAUCUACUUGCACGUCCCAGGCAGCGAGAAGCUGGCGGUGGAGCUGCCACUGGUGGUGGGGACGGUCCCAUUCAGCGGCGUGGGGAGCAGGACGAGCAGCAUGAGCAGCCAGGCGGGGUCGCUCUCCAGCUGGGCCUCCCUCCCCCCUGCCCCCCCGAGCUACAGCAACAUUCACCGAGACCUGAGGGCGGACGGCCCGCUCACGCCACUACUCCACGACUACGACGGCGGGGAGGACGAUGAGGACGAGGGGGGGCUGUUCAUGAGAACACCAGAACUGUUCUACCCACCUCCGCCUGCCUACACCGAGGUCAGAACCACCCCUGAUUUACCCCACCCUCCCCCCUCCCCCUCGGCUCUGUCUGUGCUACAGGUUUAAAUAAAGUUUUUCUGUUUGAAACUGAAAAUAAAAGACGAGUUUAAAAAUAGAUCUUACAGUAAAAGAUGAACCUUCUCUGAUCAGCUGAUUGAUCCAGAACCUUCUCUGCUCCUGUCCAGGUGGAUCAGGACUCUGUGAACACCCCUCAGGUCCAGGUCUUCUGAGAGCUUCAGUCCAAACCCACAGACCCCCCGUCUUAACGAGAAGAUGUAAUUAGUGACUCAGCAGUUUUCCUGUCGCUGAAUCAGCAGUUUUACUGUCGCUGAUUUAGCAGUUUUCCUGUCGCUGACUCAGCAUGUUUUUGUACUUUCAGUUGUUUUUGAUAUUUAAAGAACCUGCAGCUGUUUUUUUUUUGUUUGUUUAUUUUUAGAGGAAGUGAACUUUGUAAAUAUUUUGUUAAUAAGAACAGGAUUUAAUGUUUUUUUACUCCAGCAAUAAACCACUUUGAAAGAA